AGGACAAUCAACUCAACGGUUGAACUUUCCUGUAGACUCCCGAAAUAUGAGUUUAAAGGACCGAAGAAACUUUACUGUAAACAUGGUGGAUGGCGGUCCGAUAAAGAUAAACUGUAUAGUACAGACUAUCCUAGUUGCAAAGUAAAGCCUUCUUAUACAAGUUGGAAGGUUUACCUCAUCGUUGCCGGAUGUGUUGCUGGUGCCAUUUUGAUUUUGAUUAUUUUCCUGGCAGUUUGCAUAUGGACAAGGAGAAAGCAUGGGAAGGACAUGGACGGCGAAGUUAAGGCUCAUCCUGAAUUACUGAAAUCAUUGUUUUGUGUCAAAGUUUGGAGUGCUGAUCGUGAAAAGAGAAAAGUAAUAGUUACAGGAGAUUAUAAAUCUCUAAGAAACUCAGUAUGUCUAGAAUUUAAUAUCAAUGGUCGAUUAGUUUUGGAAGAAGAUGGCACUGAAAUUGAAAACGACGAAUCUUUAUUAAGAUAUAAAGACAAAACUUUGAUGGUUUUACCAAAGAAUGAACAGUGGAAAAAUUCCAGAUCGCGCCAAUACAACUCCUCUCGAAGUGCUGCAUUCCACGUGUUUAGCAAUGAUAGACAGAAAUCUGUUAUGAUUUUGUGUUUCUCAUUGGAAGAUUUAGGUGAACAAGCAUUACAUAUGCUUGGGUAUAAACCGCAUCAAAUCUGUCUUGAAACCGACGGAACUAAUCUAGAAUCUGAACGUGACCUUAAGGCUUUUACCGGACAUCGUCUGAUGGCGGUAAAAAACGGAAGCACGUGGACAGUACCCCAAGAUGGCGAUUUUCAACAUAGUUCGCACUAUUCAGCAAACCAAGAAAGGCAUAUGUUUGUUGUGCGGUCUCUCGAUGGACGAAAAAGAAAAGAAAUAUUUGCCAGUAAUGUUGUUGGACUCCAUUUUGCAGCUGCAACUGCUCUUAAAUUACAGUCACCAGUAGAAGUUACAACAAAUAAUGGGGUGUUGAUUUCUGAUGAUGCAACGCUAUCACAACACGUGCAUGAAGUACUAACAGUAACGGAAGUACGCAAGAGUCGUAAAUUACUCUUACAAAACGACACACCACGUUCCUCAAGUGUGUACAGUGCAUAAUUAUAGGAAAAAUAAUUAACAUUACAUUUAUUUUAAAUAUUCAUAUUAACAUUACAUUUAUGUGAAAUAUCCAUAUAAACAUUACAUUUACUAGUAUUAUAAAUAUCCAUAUCAACAUAAGUUAUAAGAAAUAUUGAUGUUAGCAUUACAUUUUACAUUUAUUAGAAAUAUUCACAUUAACAUUAACUAAUUGUAUUAACAUUACAUUAAAUGGAUAUAUUUUGA